AUGCCCAUAGCUAGCGGAGAAUCUGAAAUUGUCCAGUGGACGAUUCGAGCGCUUCUCAAGUUCUACGAGCCUGUCGUUCUUCUGAAAGCAUUGAACAUAGCGGCCCGAGAAACUGCUAUAUCAGCAACUGCCAACGAGCUUUCCAACACCCGAGACCCAGUGGAGCUCUAUCGUGCUUUUGUGUACAAGCUUGCUCAUGUCUGCGAUAAUGUCAUCGGAGGAGCAACAAUAACGGCCUUCAUGAUACUUCGCAGCGAUUCAGGCGGUGUUCAAUACUACUUUGCGUCGAAUCAAAGAUCGCAGGAACAGUUGAAUGUUACGCAAGAAUAUGUGACCAAACUAUUGCGGCGCGUAAAAGAUUUUUCGUCAAGAUCCUCUGAUUCCAAUUUGGUACACGACGAAGUGCUCCAGCUAGUAUUACUCUUCAACCAGCAGAGACUUUCUGUUUAUUUGAAAAGACUGAAGUUCCAUGCAAGAGAAUGUCUGGCCAAUCCCUCCGCGUUGGACACCAAUGACAAGGCAGUAGUCACAAGCAGUAUUAUAGGUUUUCUUAAAUCUUCUCGACUUGAGACUCCAUUACCAACCGUAGGACUCGAAUUCGUUGACAGAUGCGAGGAGCUGCUGAAACAAGUCUCUAUGCUGUCUAAAUCGCCAGCCGGUGCUUUGAUCCAAGCACAAGCACGGCAAGGCCGGAUGCCCGGUUACAGAAGCCAAGCAUGUUGGUCAGAGUUCCAGCAUACUUUGAGCCGCAUAUUGGCAUACCCCGAAUCUGUUAAAUUCCUAAGAAAAGCACAAAAGACUUGGCCCAUUCUUUUUGAUAAUUACGAGAUCACUCCCAUUCCUUCAAGUAAACCAAUCCCAAGGCCAAGCCGAGAAAAAAGCCAAACCGCGAGCGCAAUCGUUGGGCGCAUGACGAGGGAACAGAAAAAGAUAAACAUAUUUCGAGAGUACGUGGGAACAUUGCAAAAUUUUGACCUCGAUGCACGAAUCCAACAAGAGUGGCGCAAAGAGAGCUUUCGACCCAUCGUUCAUGCCGAAAUAGUGUUACUGGAUUGGUUGGAGCGGAACGGCAGCGUCACAACCCAGAGGUUCUUCAACAACUGGAAGUACAUUGGUGGUAGUAAACCCACGUGCAAGCUCUGUCACUAUUAUUUCGAGUCACACGGUUCGAAAAUAGAACACAGACCAAGUCACGGAAACCUCUACAUCAGCUGGCGCUUCCCGGACGUUUUCAUAGUCCAGGGUGAGGAAGCCAAAAAGGCUAGGCAGACCAUGAUGGAUCGAGUGCUGGCAAAGAUCCGAGUAGAUGCUUUUGAACUGGUAGAACAGAAAGUGCCGCCGAGUUACAAAGACCACGACUCUAACACAUUCUCUGCUAUGGUCACGUUGCAGGAUAGACUGACGAUAGAGGAGAGAAGCACAGACGGUAUGGACAUUGUGACAUGUCUCAUGGAAAAAGCCACUCUAUAA